CUGUUUUCAGCCCCAGUCUUUAAAAACCUUGAAGAACUGUUCUAAAUUUGCGUAUAAAUAAACAUAAAGGUACGUUUAGUUUGCAAGAUUUUUCUUAUAUAUCAAGCGUCACGUGAUUCCGAAGUAUAUUCUUGAAGCCCUAAUGUACUUCAAUCAGCCAUUGACAAUGAUAUAGUAAAUAGAAUUGGAGCCUUAAUUCAAUUUGGGCAGGCUCCAAGAGUACUUUGUUAAUUGAAUGCAGAAUUAUGUCUGGUGGGGCACAUCAUAAUCCUCAUGGCAGGCAAGGACAGCCAAAUUCUGCAUGGAAUCACCUCCAGGUGCCAAAUUAUUUUCCCAGGCCUCAGCUUGCCCAUAUGUCAAGUGAUAGGCCUUUGUCCUUAUCACCAUUAACUUGGCACACUCCAACAACAACAGAGCCUCCUACAAAUAGUGCUCCUGGACCCUUAUAUAAUCUUCAACAAAUGAUGCUUGCUGAUGCCAGACCUAUACAACAGAAUUCAUUAGAAAAUGUAGCAUUGGCAACUAGAGAUAGGUUAGAAGGUUUGGGGAUAACUUUAAAUCGACAAACAAGUCUGGAUGCAAUCCAAACUUUUACCCGUCAUAUGAGCUUACCCAAUCAGGGAGUAGGAUCAGUAGAUUUAACUUUGUCUCGCUCAAUAUCAUCUCCACAUAGUGUUCCUGUCCCAUCAGGAAUGAUCAGAAAUGGUCAGAAUGGGGAAUCUAGCGGCCCUAUUAGUCUUUCAGUUAGAGACACCAAACAAAUAAACAGUAUGGAUACAGCAGAGCUAAAUAAACUACAAACUGGUAGAUCAUUAGAUAUAAUCAACACAAAUUUGGUGGUUAAUCAAAGAUCUAAUAGCCCUAAAUCUCCUAAACCAUUUAAACGUUCUGCAAAAAAAAUGGAUACCGUUUUAGAACGUCUAAAUAGUGCUCCAGCAGAUUUAUGUUCCAAUUCAAGGCAGUCCCCUGGAGUAACAAUUUUACCUAAGGAUGAUAUAAUUUCUCAAAUAAACCACGAAGUUAAACAAUCAACUGCAUCUAUACUUACUCCAUCAGUGUCCUUACCCCUACCAGUUGAAACUCGUAUAAAUGUAAUACCUUUAUCUGAAGAUGCUUCUGAAUUGCAUGAUAAAACUCGACACAAAAGAAAGCCUGAUAAGACAACUAGAAUAGAAAAAGAAAUUAAAGGAAAUGAUUCUUCAUUGGAAGUAACCGUUGGACUAUCUUCAUCACCAACUAGCCCUACUUCAAUUGAAGAAACAGGAAAGCAGGUAACAUAUGAUUCAUUGUCCAAUUUAACAGAUUCAGAAAUCGCAAGUAAGGCAAUCUUGGAUAUACCACAAAUUUCUUCAAAAAAACAAGAGCUUAAUACAGUCGAAAAUGUAAAUACCCAAGUAAAAAAUAAACAUGAAGACACUAGCGAAGUAGAUUUGUCUAACAACUCAGUGUCUAUUACACAUCUACCUAAUACAGAAUUACAAACAGUUUCAUCACCAAACUUAUUAAUAGAAAAACAUAAUUUAUCGAAAUUUGAAAUAUCAGAAAAACAGGAAUGUGAUGCACCAUCAGCAGACUUGCCAGUUCAAAUUAAUUCUAUUGCAAAAUCUACUGAAACUUCUAUGGCAACAAUGAUAACAAAACGCAGAAAUAGUAAUGAAGAAUCUCAUACAAUUCCACUAAAAGUUCGUAAGAAGACUUGUUCUGAGUCGGAAACUAUUGACAAUAUUGCUGCAAUGAUUGCUUCAGGAGAUAAUGCUUCUGUGAUGGUACCUCUUCUAUCAAAGCCUGCAAAAUGUGAAGAAAAUGCUGUGAAUGAUUCUCAAAGCUUAGCUCAUGUUUUAGCGGGUCCAGAGGAGAAAUUAGAUCAGAAUGCUUGUAAGCUUGAUCAAUUAUCUGUUACGGAACAGCCAAUAAUUAGUAAUAAUAAUACUUGUUUAGACAAACAAAAUAAUGUUGUCACACAAACUACAGGGAGUGACUCAAAUAUUAAUAUGCAAACAACAAACUUUGUUCAAGUUGAAAAUGAACUAGAAAAAAUGUUUGCUGGUAUUGAUGAAACUAUUACUCCUGCAGAGGAGAAGUUAAACUUGCAAGUCACUAGAGACAGUGUUACUUCUACUUCAAAUGAAAAUAAUCUUAAGCGUAAAACAGUAUCCAACAUUGCUAUAAGAACUAACAGAAAAUCUUCUGAUAGUGCAGAAAAUACACCAAAGAAAAAAAAAAUCAGUGAUGGUAAUAAGAAAAAUCGAUUUGCAACAAAGAAUGUAAAAGCCAAAGGUGGGAAAAAUGGCCAAAAAAAUAAAAAAUUCAAAUCCAAAGUUGAUUUGACAAUCAAAGAUGUAUUAUCUUAUGAUUCCGGUAGCAAUACCAGUUCUAAUAAGUCAAAAGGUCCAUUUAUUCAAAUAAAGGGUCCUAAAGAUUCGCCUAUAUCAGUAAGCAUUAUCAAUACUUCGAUAAAUGAUGAAGAUUCUGAAAGUAGAAUGAAGCAUCAUAAAACAAAAAAACAUCACGAUGAUGCUGAGUUUAGGCAAAAAAUGAGAAAAGGACUUCAUAGUAGCACACUUAGUAUGAAAUAUGAUGCAACAACUACUGAUGUCACAUGGGUGUGUGUAUUCUGUAAGAAUGGACCACAUUGUGGAGGAACAAACUUAGGUGAUUUAUUUGGUCCUUAUUUGGUAACUACAUCUUGUCCAGAAUUUGAAUAUAGUAAACACAAUCCAGAAGAUGAUCCAUUUAAAAGUAAAAGAACAAAACAAGACUUAAUUGCAAAAAACGUUGCAAGUAUAAAUAAAGCUGUUAAAAAGAAGAAGAAUGUCCACACUGAUUUGGCAGAUGUGGAUAUUUACACUGGAAUGGUGGAAGCUAGCCAAGGAGCUUAUGAAGUGUGGGGCCAUGAAGAAUGUAUUAUAUGGGCACCUGGUGUGUUUCUUGUUGGUUCUCGAGUUAUUGGUUUGGAGGGAGCUGUCUGGAGUUCUUGUCGUGCCAAAUGUAGCCUCUGUAAUAUUACUGGGGCAAAUGUUGGCUGCAGCCAAAGGGGCUGUGGUAAAUAUGCACAUAUAAGUUGUGCAGCCCGCAAUGAUUGGCAGAUUUUAGAAGACAUUUACAAAGCUACAUGCCCGAGUCAUCAUUCCACUUGAGAAUUAUCUUCAAUAUUUUUUAUGUAUGUAUGGUGUAUGUCACAAUGCGGAUUGUAAUUAUUUAACAGUGAAGUUUUGCACUAGUUAGGAUAUUUUAGUGUAAAAUUUUAAAGUUUUAUUUCAAUUUUGAACGUUUGUGAUUUUAAUAAGCAAGUGUUUAAUUGAAUACUCUUUUAACGAUGCAUAAACAUAGUAUAGAGUUAAGAGUAAUAAAACAUAUUCAUUCACAGAAACAACAUAUGUAAAUGUAUUAUAUAAAUUAUAUAAAU